AGCACAGUCCUGCUGCAGCGUUCAGUUGGGUUAGUUGGUAGUGGCGGUGGUCGUGAGGUUUGUGUGAGGUGGUGUAAGUCAUCGACUUCUAGGAUAAUUGAGGCGGAGCACCGGCCUACUCUUCUGAACGCUGUCUGUGGCCAGCAUUUCAUAUAGAAGAAAUUUGAUGUCCAUCUCGUUCCACUACAGAUUCCAAAACACAAUUUCCCGAUGACACGAAGAUAAGGAUUAGCUGCCACAAGAUCAGGGGAAAACGAUGAUGCGUUCUUGAAAAUAAAUCCGUAUGGCUUAAAAGGAGCUACUGUUUUCAAGAGAGCUGUGUUCCACAGAUUUUGAAUUAACCCGAAGGAUUGUGCUCAGACGCAAACGAAGAUGGCUACUAUCGACGGGCGGCCGGCGCAGUACGGCAUCACGCUGAAGCAGCUGCGUGACCUGAUGGAGCUGCGUGGCCGUGAGGGCAUUGGCAAGGUCAACGAGCUCGGCGGGGUUCAAGAAAUCUGCAGGAAGCUCUACACCUCUCCCAGCGAAGGUCUCAGUGGAUCAAAGGUAGACAUUGAACACAGGCGAGAAACAUUUGGUUCAAAUGUGAUACCGCCAAAACCACCUAAAACGUUUCUGCAGCUUGUUUGGGAAGCUCUUCAAGAUGUUACUCUUAUCAUUUUGGAGGUUGCUGCUUUGGUAUCACUUGGUCUUUCUUUUUAUCAACCAUCAGAUGAAGGAGCUGCACAUUUUGAUGAAGAUGAAGCAAAACAUGGCUGGAUAGAGGGUUUGGCCAUUCUCAUCUCUGUAAUAGUAGUGGUGAUUGUGACAGCAUUCAAUGAUUACACAAAAGAAAGACAGUUUCGGGGUCUACAAAGUAGAAUUGAAGGUGAACACACAUUUUCUGUGAUAAGAGGUGGUGAAGUUAAGCAAAUUUCUGUUGGUGAUAUAGUUGUAGGCGACAUAUGCCAGGUGAAAUAUGGGGAUCUCCUUCCAGCAGAUGGUAUUCUUAUACAGAGCAAUGACCUUAAGAUCGAUGAAUCUUCGUUAACAGGAGAAUCAGAUCAUGUGAAAAAGGGCGAGUCAUUUGAUCCCAUGGUAUUAUCAGGAACUCAUGUAAUGGAAGGCAGUGGCAAGAUGUUGGUAACUGCAGUUGGUGUAAACUCCCAAGCUGGUAUAAUUUUCACCCUUCUGGGAGCUGCUGUUGACCAACAGGAGGCAGAAAUAAAGAAGAAGAAGAAAGAAGCUAAGAAACAGCGGAAGAAGAAGAGCUUGACAGGAGCUGCUGAAGAACCUGAGGCAGCACCUGUUACAGGAAACAGCCAUGUGAGUGUCCCAGCUGCACAAAUUACAGACAGAACAGCCAACAAACACAGUGCUGAUGUUCCUCCACCUUCAGAGAAUCACGCACAGGCCCCACCGCCGGAAUCUCACAAGAAAGAGAAAUCUGUACUUCAAGCCAAGUUGACAAAACUUGCAAUACAAAUAGGAUAUGCAGGUUCUAGUAUUGCUGCUUUGACAGUGGUAAUACUUGUUGUGCAAUUCUGUGUUAAAACAUUUGUUUUUGAAAAAGAAACAUGGAAGACAUCAUAUGCUAAUGAACUAGUGCGACAUCUGAUCAUUGGUGUUACCGUGUUGGUUGUUGCUGUACCUGAAGGGCUUCCACUUGCUGUAACCCUGUCACUGGCAUAUUCUGUCAAGAAAAUGAUGAAAGACAACAACCUGGUUAGGCAUCUUGAUGCCUGUGAAACUAUGGGAAAUGCUACUGCAAUUUGCUCUGAUAAGACUGGCACUCUUACCACUAACAGGAUGACAGUGGUACAAACAUAUAUAUGUGAAAAAUUAAGCAAAACUUUACCAAAAUUCUCUGAUAUUCCAGAGCAUGUGGCCAAUCUAAUGGUUCAAGCUAUAUCCAUCAACUGUGCCUAUACCUCACGUGUAAUGCCACCAGAUGAACCUGGAGAAUUGCCAAAGCAAGUUGGAAACAAGACAGAGUGUGCUCUUCUGGGAUUUGUUCAAGCCAUGGGCAAAAAUUACCAGACCGUAAGAGAUGACACACCAGAAGAGGUGUUCACAAGGGUGUACACCUUCAAUUCUGUGAGGAAGUCGAUGAGUACUGUGGUACCAAGACAGGGAGGUGGUUAUAGACUCUUUACCAAAGGAGCUUCAGAAAUAAUGUUAAAGAAAUGUGCAUUUAUCUACGGUCGUGAUGGACACCUGGAGAAGUUCACUAGAGAAAUGCAAGAUAGGCUUGUGCGACAGGUGAUAGAACCCAUGGCAUGUGAUGGUCUUCGUACCAUCUCCAUAGCGUAUAGAGAUUUUGUGCCAGGAAAGGCUGAAAUAAAUCAAGUUCACAUUGACAAUGACCCUAAUUGGGAUGAUGAGGAAAAUAUUGUCAACAACUUGACUUGCUUGUGUGUCGUGGGGAUUGAAGAUCCUGUUCGACCUGAGGUACCAGAUGCCAUAAGGAAGUGUCAGCGAGCUGGAAUCACUGUUCGGAUGGUGACUGGUGAUAAUAUAAACACUGCUAGGUCGAUAGCAUCGAAAUGUGGAAUUAUAAAACCCGGUGAUGACUUCCUUAUUUUGGAAGGCAAAGAAUUCAACAGGAGAAUAAGAGACAGCAAUGGAGAGGUUCAGCAACAUCUAUUGGAUAAAGUGUGGCCUAAGCUUAGGGUUUUAGCAAGGUCAUCACCAACAGACAAAUACACUCUUGUCAAGGGUAUUAUCGACAGCAAAAUAAGCGAUAGUAGAGAAGUAGUUGCUGUGACAGGAGAUGGAACUAAUGAUGGUCCUGCAUUGAAGAAGGCUGAUGUAGGAUUUGCCAUGGGUAUUGCUGGAACAGAUGUUGCCAAAGAAGCUUCAGAUAUCAUUCUGACAGAUGAUAAUUUCAGCAGUAUUGUCAAAGCUGUAAUGUGGGGCCGCAAUGUGUAUGACAGUAUAGCAAAGUUCCUACAGUUCCAGCUUACAGUUAAUGUGGUUGCUGUCAUUGUCGCUUUUAUAGGAGCUUGUGCUGUCCAAGACAGUCCACUCAAGGCUGUGCAGAUGCUGUGGGUGAAUCUGAUUAUGGACACACUGGCUUCAUUAGCUCUAGCAACAGAGAUGCCUACACCAGAUCUGCUUCUCCGGAAACCUUACGGAAGAACGAAACCUCUUAUUUCUAGAACAAUGAUGAAAAACAUUUUAGGCCAAGCAGUGUACCAGCUCUCUGUCAUUUUUGCACUCCUUUUUGUAGGAGAUAAAAUGCUAGACAUUCCAACAGGAAGAGAUUCACCCGUUGCUAGUCAACAUUUUACCAUUAUAUUUAAUACAUUUGUCAUGAUGACUUUAUUCAAUGAAAUAAAUGCUAGAAAAAUUCAUGGUCAAAGGAAUGUGUUCGAAGGAAUUUUUACAAAUCCAAUUUUCUACAGCAUUUGGAUUGGAACUUGCCUUGCUCAGGUCGUCAUCAUCCAGUUCGGAACAGUUGCAUUUUCUACUGCCAGUUUGACACUGGAACAGUGGUUAUGGUGCCUGUUCUUUGGGGUUGGGACUCUUCUCUGGGGCCAGCUAGUGACCACGAUACCAACUAGAAAAAUUCCAAAAAUACUGUCAUGGGGUCGUGGUCACCCAGAGGAAUAUACGGAGGCGAUAGCUCUUGGUGAAGAGAAGUUUGAUCCUGAUUCUCAGGAUGGCAAGAAGCCUCGUGCAGGCCAAAUUUUGUGGAUUCGUGGCCUUACAAGAUUACAGACCCAGGUGAUAGGUGGUGAGUUGCAAGAACGUUUGAUUCCGGUCCCCUACAGCAAGAGCUCCACUGACCAAGCUAUAAGAGUGGUUAACGCUUUCCGUCAGGGCCUAGAUGCUCGAUACAGUGACAACCCCACAUUGGCUGAAGUUCUGCGGAAGCAGUCAUCACUUAGCAAGCGGCUUUCUCAGACAUCCUCCAUAGACUAUGCUGAUAAUGUGAUGGAUGAACUGGCAAUCCCAGAAAUUGAUGUGGAACGUCUUUCAUCUCACAGUCACACCGAGACUGCAGUUUAGUCAGCUCAGUGUCUGUGUGUGCAAUCGCGUGUCUGCAGCAGAAUGAAGAGAGGUGUUAAAGUUGCCUGUGUUCUGUUACGUCGAGGUGCAGUGUGCUGCACAUUUUUCAUCUGUAACUGAGAUGUGUGUACUUCAGCAGGGAGGAAGGGGGGGAAAAGCAAGGAAUCAGUGAAGUGGUAUCAUUUUUACCAUAAUUUUCUUUAAAUAUAUGUUCACUUACGGAUACAGAUAAUGCAGGAUGAUGAUUCCUGCUUGUUUUUCUCCAUGUGUGUUCGGAUCUUUUUAAUUUAUUUUGUAUUCCCAGCUCAAAGUAACUACUGAACUUGUACGCCCUCACCCUGGUGUGUCACCGAGUUGUUUGUGUGUGUGUGUGUGUGUGUGUGUGUGUGUGUGUGUGUGUGUGUGUAGUCAAAAGAAAAGUGAUGAAACAUUUGCUGCAGUGGACAGUUCCAAAAGACAGUUUUUAUUACUCUUUUACUUUCUGCUAAUCUGUGUUUCAUCUUUGAGACAACAGUGCUUUGAUUUGCGUGUGGUGAUAGUGUUACAGCCAGGAAAGAGAGUAGGUGAGCACAAACUGUUGUUGUUGUUAUGUAAUUAUAUUGAAAACACUUGAUUUUGAAACUUUUUGAAGAAACACCAAGUGUAUUAGAUGAGGAAGCAAAAGGUGAUAACUACACUGCAUCAAAAAUUUUAGUUUUUGUUUUGUAUAUUUGCCUAAUCUAAAGUGAAAGCUGACAUUCUAUGAAUUAGGUCCAUUAAAAUGAAACUGAUGUUAACAGUCUUGUACAAUAGCUUGACAAGUGUGAUCACUCUGAAAGAGCUGUUACUGGCUUAGAUGUGUGUAUCAUUUGCUAGCAGUUGUCAGUGCUGCAUUUAAAACUUUCUCCAAGGCAAGUGCAACUGCACUUGCAAGAGCACUGCAUAAGACUAUUGGGAGGAUUGAAAUGACAUUCAUUUGACCUGCCAUUACUUUGUGCUCUCAAUUACAGUAUCAGAUGGUGCAUGAAGCUGUCAGUGAAGUUCAAGAAAUUGCAAAUUUGAAGUGCACUUUGGAGUAUGAAGUUUUAGACUGGGAUGUCAUGCAAUGUCUAGUUGCCUGCCCUAGUGAAAUUGCUAUGGAGCUUGUCUUGUUACAGAAAAUGUGCAUUCAGAUAUUUAUUUUGGGUGAAUUUAUGCAGGGUUACAGGUGGCUCUGUUUAGGAGGUUGGAUUAUCUGAGCUGUAGGAUCACUUCUUUCUCUUACCUAGUUAGUUCCAUGAAUUUACAUGCAGACAACUUUUCAGCCUGUAAAAUAAAUAUUUUCUAGAUGAUGCAGUUUAAAAUAGCUAUAAUAAAUGUGUGCAUACACAGAUAUAUUUGUACAACAGUAAUGACCUAAGAGAAGGCUACUUACAGUUUAAAAGAACAGAGACCACUGUUCAGCUAAUCAAAGAGUUAUCAAAUGUUGGCAGUUCAUCUAAAAUUUUUGCAUCAGAAACGAAAUGUUUAUAUGAAAUGGGAGUAAGUACAUAAAGUGCACUAUUGUUUUUAGUACACUCUGUAAUGUCUUUUGUCGGGGGGGGGGGGGGGGCGUUUGUUUCCAUAUUGAGUAAAUACAUGGGUAUAUAAUCAAGAAAGUGCAGCAUCAAUUUAAUUUCACUUAUAUAAAUAAUUAUUUUAUUUCCAUGCAAUAUUUUUAAAUCCCUAAUAUUGAAGUAAAUACCAGGAUGGAGCAGAAUGUGCAGCAUCAGUUUAAUGAAACUAAAGAUACACAAUACCCAUGCAAUAACUCAAAAUGGAGAUGAAAUUUCUUGUUCCUUUUAAAAGAAUAUUGUACAAUAAAGUGAAGGUUGCCUGUGAUGCAGACAAGAAUGUACUUACAGCAGUUUAACAGUGGGCUGCAAAAGAUUUGCAGUUCCUUUAAAUAGUAGAAAUGCAACUAAAAAUAAACCAGUUACUGAGGCACACAGUACUACAUACGGCUCCCACACUACAGACUGCCCCUCCCACAAUUUGCUCCGCCCCCCCUCCCACAAUUUGCUCCGCCCCCCCCCCUCUUCUCUACCCACUCCUACACAUGUCCCCCCCCCCCCCCCAUCUGCAAUCUCCCACAUUUUGCCCCUUGUCAUCUGUCUGCUCAUAUCACCCCCUCCUCCCUGACCGGCACUUUCUCCACUUUCUCCCCUUUCUCCCCAUUUGACACCCUGUCCCCCCUACUCCCCAUCUGGACCUCCCCCCCCCCCCCCUACUCCCUACCUCGAUCCCUCUCCCCCCUACUCCCUACCUCGAUCCCUCUCCCCCCUACUCCCUACCUCGAUCCCUCUCCCCCCUACUCCCUACCUCGAUCCCUCUCCCCCCUACUCCCUACCUCGAUCCCUCUCCCCCCUACUCCAUACUCCCCAUCUCGAUCCCUCUCUCCAUUACUCCCAUUCUCAGCCUCUCUCCUAUUAUUCAACCCUCUCCCCUCACAUAAACUCUCCCCCAACUGUGUCUUUCUCUCCACUGUCCCCAGUCACCAUAUUUAUUUCCCCCUCUCCCUUAUCCUCAUCUUGCUUCUCUCUCUCUCUCUCUCCCUUAUCCUCAUCUUGCUUCUCUCUCUCUCUCUCUCUCUCUCUCUCUCUCUCUCUCUCUCUCUCUCUCUCUCUCUCUCUCUCUGUGUGUGUGUGUGUGUGUGUGUGUGUGUGUGUGUGUGUGUGUGUGUGUGUGUGUGUGUGUGUGUGUGUCGCACACACUCCACACUUGAUCACAUGCAUGUGUGCACGCACACACUUUCACUUACUUACUCAUGAUAUUUUGGAUAGUGUACACUCUCUAAAUACAAAUUCCGUGUAUUGAAUAUGAAAUAAGCAAGCAGCCUCUCUGCAUAUUGUCGUCAAUGGUCUCUUGUAAAAUGUUAUACGAGAAGUGUCUACAGAUCUCAGGGUCUCUCUUAGAUGGCUUUAUUGAGAGUUCUGUUACCGAAUUGAGGGGACAGUAUAGGGCUGAAAUAUUUGUUUCAGUAAAGUGAUAAGGAACUAGUGCAUUGAUUUUGUAAGGUUAUUUUAAACUAUUAUAAUCUUGCAACAUUUUCUGUACGUGUAAAAAUCAUGCGGCUGAGAGAUAUCAUGUGUGCCAUUAUUUCAUCUAAGGAAAGUUGGGCUAGUUUACCUGUAACUAAUAAACUUUUCAUAAUUUUCUCCACAAGUGGCAUUUCACAGACCCCACUUAUUUUUUUGAAACAAUUCUUUUCUGUGGUUGCCGUACCAGUUCAGCAAUAAUGUGAGUGUAUAAAGAUAUGUUAAUGCCAAAAACUUCAAAGGAGUUAGUAUUCCCUUACUUAGAUGAGAUCAAUAUUUAUUUGGGAAAGAACUCUUAUAGAGCUCUUAAACUGACAUAUUUGUGGGUGUAUUAAUGUGUAAGAACAAUUAAUUUUAUUGUUUUUGUAAAUACUUGUUUAUUAGUAUUUAAUUUUGAUAUGAUUUAUUUGUCACAAGUAAGAUAGUGAUUGCCCACAGAGAUCUCAUAAUUUCAAAAUUUUAAAUUCUCAUGCUCCAAUACAGCUUUUACCUGAAAUAAAAGUUCUACUGAAAGUACUUUUAACUCAAAUUGAGCAACACUAGACAGAUUGUAAAUGAAACAUAUGUAAUACACUCUAGGUGUAUGGUAUUUACAUAGAGUUUCAGAAUUAUUACUCUGUUGAAAUGAAAGCAGUUUUAAUAUUCACUUCAGAGAUUCUAGAGUGAAAACUGUUUUUGUUGGAACCAGAUGUCAAAUUAAAUUUGUGGGGUAUGUGAACGGGGAAGAUGGGUCUACUUCUGUACCGGAGUGACUAUAUCUCACUGGUAUCCCAAAGAGAUUCAAUCAGGGUCAGACACUUACUACUAUGAACUGAACAAUCAUAAAGGUGAUAAUAGUGGAACUAUUUCUAAUUUAUUUCUCUUGUCUACAUUCCUGUCUGUCUCUCAUUUGAUUCUUUUUAUUAUUAAUAUUUUUUUACUCAUCUACCAAUAAUGACCAGAUUUUUGUGUCCAUAAGGGUAUAUGACACAUCUGUUAUGUCACAGGCACUAAUAUUAUUACUGUUGUUAUUGUUGUUGUUGUUGUUAUUGUUGUGACAGACUUGAGAAAUACAAAUGUGUGGCAUAUCUUCAUGGCACAUGCGUCAUAUUCUUUGCAGUUCCUAGUAAUCAACUGUUUAACAUAUGCACAAAUCUUGUGUAAUUAGUGUUGUAUUUACCAUUGAGAAUAUUAAAAACGUGUGUGUGGGGGGGGGGGGGGGGGGGGGAGGGAAAGGAGGUAUGUGUAAUGUGAAAUUUGAGUCUGAAUCUGAAGCACUUGCAUAAUUUCUUUAAACUCCUUUCUUCUUUUUUUCUUCUAUUUUAAAAAAAUAAAGCUUAAUUAUUUCUACAUAAAAUAGUUAGUUUCAGUUUUCAGUUAUUUAUUUCAUUGUUAAAUUAAACAUAGUGAAUGCUGCUAUUUUACAUAGUCACUGCAUAAACUGAUAGGAAUUUACGUACCAAGUUUGUCUCCCCAAAUUUUCGCACAAAUAAGAGUGGUUGAGUAAAAAUGGGAAAUCUAAGACGAUACCAGUUCUCCAUCUAGUUACCUAUUUACAAUUUCAAAUGUAUCCCUCAUCUUUCUUGCUGAAAUGUUCUCUCAACUUCCGUGUGCCCUGUAGUUUUUAACUCUAUCACUACUAGCUACAUUAAUAUUAGAAAUAGUAUUGUAAUACUUAUAUACAAUAUUUAAUAUAUGUGUAUGAAAUAUUUAUUUAUUUAUUUAUUUAUUUAUUUAUUUAUUUACUUACUUAUUUAUUUUCAAUAUAAAGUAUCCUGCUGGUCUUAGCAAUGUUGAAUUUUGUGUGUGUGUGUGUGUGUGUGUGUGUGUGUGUGUGUGUGUGUGUGUGUGUGUGUGUGUGUGUGUAGGCGUGCAUUCAUGCACGCAUUUCCUAAACUGUACAGGAAUAAAAGUUUCUUAGUAAUUUCAUGAUUUUCUAUGUGUUUUCUGUUUUCAUUCAAAAUCUUCCUUUUCGAAGUUUUGGAAUGUAAUAAACACUGAUGAUUGUUGUGAUUUGUGUGUAUCUGAAAUAAAUGAGGAGACAUUCUCAGGCUCACUCAGCUGUAAUAUCAAAAUGAAUUGUAUUUGUUGAUUGAGUGCAGUAUAGCACUAUUUUAGUUAAUGCAGUGAUUUGUUGUUCUAACCUUUAAUGAUAAAGGAAAUGGGUAAUUAAAGAACUGAUUCAUUCCUUAACUUAAUGUAGAAGUAUUUCAACUUUUCUCAAGUGCAUUAUAAGUUUCUGGUUUUUUGUGCUCACAAUAGAACUUUGCUGAUGGGGUACCUGCUCUCUGAAAAGAAAGAUAUUGGGAACUCUUUGCAAACAUGUAUAUUUAGCAGACUUUGUUCUCUGUAUGUUGAGUGCACAUUUUCAAGAGUGAAUGGUAUGCUUUGCCAGAUUGUACUUAAUAUGUAACAUACAUAGUUUAAUGGAUGACCAUAAGUGAGAAGGGAAAUUAAUACACUUAAGAUUAAUUUGAUCUACAUAUUUACUACUCCAGUAAACUGUAUGCUAGUGUUCAGUAUUGGGCAAAGGCUGUUGUGAAACUAUCGAUUGCAGUGAAUAAUUGUACCAAUUUAAUUGUCCUGCAGUAUGGCUAUGUACAAACUCAAAUACCUAAUUUUGGUUAUCUGUUAAAUCAUCUAGUCAUUAAGAGAGUCAAAGGAUAUGCAGAAUAUAGAUUGCUCUAGGCAAAUAUGAAUGGUGCUCUUCAUGGGGUAUCUGUAAGGGUCUCUGUUAUGCAAUUAAUUCUGAAUCCAUUGAAACAUAAAAGAAGGAAAAAAAUACUCCCAAGUUUUGUAAACACGUGUUAGCAGUUGAACUUGCUGGUCCAUUUGGCCCAAUGUUGGCUGUUGGCUUGUUUCUUUGAAUAAAAAAUGAUGAUUACAAAAUA